AAGGACACAUAGUAUUUCCAUAAACAUCUGGGAAUAUUAUAUAAAUAUAAAUUUAUUUAUUUUCAUUACUAUACUUAAAAAUUUCUUAUUGUUUUUAAUUUAUAUAAAUUAAAAAUAUGGGACCAAAAAAAAAUAAUAGAAAUAAAAAAAAUAAUAAUAACAAAGGUAGCGGCCAAGUUCCAAAAGAAGAGAGCACAACACCAGUAUUAACAACUGUAUCAGUAGAGUCAAGUGAUAUUAAUAAAGAGAUCAGUAAUGAUAAUAUUAUAAUAGAACAGCAACCAGAUGUCAUUCAAGAGCAAUCAAGUUCUGAAUUAAUUUCUACCACACCAGAUGUUAUUUUAGAAGAGAGCGAUGAUAAAAAAACAGAUCAAGAAAUAAUUACCAAAAAAGAAUUGCAAUCAUCAUUAUCAGCAUCUAUUGACAAUGAAUUAAAUAGGCAAAAGGGCUCAGUAUCAUCACAAACACAGCCAUCAGAAUCUUCAGAAAAUUGUAAUAAUAGUAAUAAGACCACCAAAACCACCACAACCACUACCACAACCACUUUAAAAUUGGCAUCAAAUAAUGCAAACAAAUUGGUUAAAAAUAUCACAGAUGCAUUCACAAGAGCUUCAGAGUUAGAAGAGGAGCCAUCAUCACCAAAAACAAACCAAGAAUGGAAACAACUAUACUUUUUAAUCAGCAAGCAAUUAGGUUUAGAAAGAGUAAAAUGUGAAACAUUGGAGGGACUAAUCAUCCAAAAAGAUAAGGAGAAUCAAUCGUUAAUAGAGCAAGUCAAUAGAUUAGAGACAGAGUUAUUUUCAGAAAGAAGAAGAAUUAACAGAACUAUCGGUACAACAAAAUUACAAACUAGAAAGCUUCUAAGUACAGUUAAAUUUGAUCAUAAUAUCGAUAUUGCAUCUAUUAUUGAAGAUUUAAAUAACAUUGACUCUUCAAUUUCAGCAUCUCCAUCAUUUGCAGACGAAUUGACCUCGGCUUCAAUUAGUAACAGUGCAAGUAACAGUUUCACAGAGUUCAAUGGUGACCAAUUGUUACAUAAAUUAAAUAAUACCUAUCACUCAUCAUCAUCAUUAAUUAAUGCACCAAUAAGCACCGACGGUAAUGGAAAUACACUUACUACAUCAUCAGAGCGUCCACAAUCAAACCUUGUAACAAGCAAUAGCAGCAAUGGCAGCAUCGGUGGCGGUAAUGGCUCAAUAAGAUUAUCUGUUUCUAAUACUUCAAUUAAUUCAUUAACUUCAUCAGCUUCACGUGCUAAUCUUACUAGUCUUGCUUGUGCCAGUUACUCAAGUAAAGAAGAUGUCGAAAAGAUCACAUUGGUUCAGUCAUUAGUUCGUAAAUGGUUAGCUAGAAAGAGAUACAAGAAAUUAAGAACAAAGAGAGCUAUUGUCGAAGAAUUAUAUGAAACUGAAUCUACCUAUGUCACUCAUUUAUCCAAUUUAAUCAAAGUUUUUGUUCAUCCAUUAAAAGCUAAAAAAGGUGAUUCCAUUUUACCAACUGACGAAUUUGAUUCUAUUUUCUCAAAUAUCACAUCAAUUUAUAAAUCAAAUUCUUUCUUUUUAGAUCAAGUCGAUGAAAUAUUUAAGAAAUUUAAUAGAUGGUCAUGUUUUGGUGAUAAGUUAUUAAAAUUAGUACCAUUAUUUGAUUGUUAUGUCGACUAUAUUAUAAACUACGAAUAUGCCUUAAAGAACCUUAAGAGGGCUAUUUCUAGUUUUUCAAGCUUUGCCAAUUUUGUAAAGCAAGGUAAUUCAAGAAAAGAAUUGGAUGAUUUAGACCUUGAAGAUCUUUUAAUUAUGCCAGUACAAAGAGUUCCACGUUAUAUUAUGUUGUUAAAAGAGAUCAGAAAAUAUACACCACUUUACCACAACGAUUUUAAUUCAAUUGAUAAAGCAUUGGAGGCAUUCAAACACUUUGCUGCUAGUGUAAAUAAAAAGAGUGGUGCUAGAAAGAUGGUACUUCAAUUGGAGGAUAGAUUAUUAAACUAUAAAGAUGACAUCACUUCACACUCUAGAAUUUUAAUUAGAGAGGGCCCAAUCAAAUUUAAAAAGAAUCAAGAGUAUGCAUUCCUCUUCAAUGAUAUGGUAGUUGUUGUCCAUCCAACACAUUCAAAGAAAGUAAAGAAAUCAUUAUUAGCAACAAGUGAUAAGAAUUCCGCUGAUAAGGUUGCAGAUGGUGCCAAUGGUAGCAACAGAUCACCAACCCCAACAUCACCAGUUUUAAGAGACAGCAAUCCAACAUUCAAUAGUAUGAUGGCAGAAACUUCAUUCACCUCAAUGAUGAAUGGUGCUAACAGUGCCCCAAGUGCACCAGUUUACGAGUUCCAUAGCAGCAAUUUAGAUAUCAAUUUCAAAUUCCUCGCCAGAUACACUUUAGAUGCUAAAGUUAAAAUUAUUCAAGAUUUAACAGAUCCAAAAUUCACAGUUUUAGUACCCGAUGCCUAUUCUAUUGAUUUAAUUGCACCAUCAAUGGAAGAAAGAAAAAUAUGGGUCGAAGAAAUAAACAAAAUUGUUGCAAUUUUCACAAAAAAUAAUUUAACUACACCACCACAAAUUCAAGAUAAUUAAUGGAUGUGAAUUUAUUAUUACACACAAUAUAUAGAAGGAGACUUAAUAAUAGAUCAAAACAAAACACAAAAAAAAACAUAAUCAACAAUAAAAAUAAUAUAAUUGUACUUUUAAAAU